AUGAAUAAAUUAUAGUUUGUCUUUAAAUUUUGUACAGAGUCUCAAAAGUCAAUCUAUAAACUUGAGAAUGCUUAAAAAUACAUCUCUGAUUUAGUGUAAAAGACUGAUUGGAUUAGUUUUGCUAUAUCUAAGCAUAUACCUAAAUAAGUGAGGUACUAAUUAAUAAUUGAAUAAAGAUAAGAUUACUUGAAUAUCUGUCAAUUUCAUAAUGAAUUAGCAAGAAUUGAAGAAACAUCUAAAGAAAGAUCUCUUGGAGUAGGCAAACUAUAAUAUUGGUCAGAUCAAAUCGAUUAAGUAAAAUUCCUUAAGAAUUUGAGAUUUUUUUAGAUAAUCCCUAAAGAGAUCCUUUAUCUAUUUGUCUUCACAAUAGUUGCAAAAAUAACCCAUUGCCAAAAUAUCUAUUUCAAAAAAUGAUAAAUCAUCGUAAACAAUAAGUAGAAAGAUCAGAAUUUGCAAAUCUUGUAGAUAUGGCCACAGCUGCAGAAGUAAACAGAGGAUCACAAUUCUUAUUAUUUUUACGAUUAAUGAGAAUGGAUAUUGAAAAUCAAGAUUUAAAAUCAUUAACAGAAUAUUCAGCAUAAGCAGUUGGCAUUACAGAUUAUCUAAGACGAGUGCCUUUCACACUUUAAAAUUAUAAAUUAAAUUUACCAGAAGAUAUCAAAAUAAAACAUAGUAUAAAUGUUCGAUCACUUUGGGAUAGAAUAAGGGGUAAUUAUUUGAUUAGAAUUUUUAGGGGAACCAAAGGAAGAAUUAUAUGAUGCAGUUUUAGAAGUGGCUGCUCUCGCAAGAACAUAAAUGAUUAAUGCUAAUAAAUUUUCCAAUAAAAUACCUGCUUAAUCAUUUAGAGCUUUUUUGCAUCUAAUUCCAACAGAAUAAUAUUUAGAAGAACUCGAAUAUUAUAAUUUUAAGAUAUUUGAAAAGUAUUGUUUAUAUUUAUAUUAGAGCAAUCAAUUAAAAUUCAUAUGUGUAGUUACCCAUAACAUUGUUUAAAAAUUGUAGAAAAAUGAGGUUUCUAAAUAAAGAUUACGAAUCCUAAUGA